GGCAGCCUGGCCGCGGAGCAUCCGUGGGGAGGCCGGCGCGCCCCGCGCACUGGGUCUCGGCCGCCGCGUCCCGGCCCUGCCCGGCCCCGCGCGAAUGGAGGCGGUGGAGGCGGGACGCCUGCGCGCCGACGCUGCCUGCCGCUGACCAGCCCGGGAUUUAUGGAGAAGAGGGCGGCCCUCUGAGUGCUGCCGCGGCCUGCAUCGCCGCCGCGCCUGCUGCUGAGGCCCCGCGCCUCCGGCCCUCACCAUUGCCCUCGCCCGCCCAUGGCCCCCGCCGCCCGGCCCGGGGCCGGCUCUGCCGCCUGAGCCCCCUGCCCCCUUCCAGGACUCGCCGUACCCCGAUGGGGUAACGUGACGGAGGCCCCGUGUCACAGCCGCCUGCACCCACCCCAAGGCCGCCCCGUUGGUUCAGUUCGAGUUCAUUCUUCCUUUGGUCCUUGGGGGUCUGGGGCCUUUGAGUGAAGGCGGCCGUUGACCUGUCCACGGAUGCAGACGGGGCGUCCCCAGCGACAGGACAGCGCUGGCCACGGCCACAGCGGCCGGACUCACUUUGGGCUUUUUCGAGUUUUCUUUGCUGACUGUUUUUGGUUGUCGUUAUUUUUGCUUUUGCCCCCUUGUAAUUAUCCAGCUCCGAGAGGCAGGAGCUUGGGCUGGUCCAUUUUACUUCCGGGGGGCUCUUUCGUUCCUUUGGUUUUUUAAAGAGUUAGGUUUUCUUUUUUAAUUAUCCACCCGUUAACCCGGGCAGCAUCCUCCCCCCUCCCAAGUAUUUGCACAAUAUUUGUGCGCGGCGUGGGGGGCAGGUUUUUAAAGAAGCGUUUUCUCUCUGUUGGACGAGCGCAGGGGUCUCGUUCUCCUUGGGUUCUGGGGCGCUGCCGGGGCCGUCUCCCACCCGCGUCCCCGGUGCCGCCCCGCCUUUGGGGCGCAGCCAUGGCGCGGAUGAACCGGCCGGCCCCCGUGGAGGUCAGCUACAAGAACAUGCGCUUCCUCAUCACGCACAACCCCACCAACGCCACCCUCAGCAGCUUCAUCGCGGACCUGAAGAAGUACGGGGCCACCACCGUGGUGCGUGUGUGCGAAGUGACCUAUGACAAGGCCCCGCUGGAGAAGGACGGCAUCACCGUCGUGGACUGGCCGUUUGACGACGGGGCGCCUCCACCCGGCAGGGUGGUGGAGGACUGGCUGAGCCUGCUGAAGACCAAGUUCUGUGACGACCCCGGCAGCUGUGUGGCCGUGCACUGCGUGGCGGGCCUGGGACGGGCUCCGGUCCUCGUGGCUCUGGCCCUCAUCGAGAGCGGGAUGAAGUACGAGGACGCCAUCCAGUUCAUCCGACAGAAGCGGCGUGGAGCCAUCAACAGCAAACAGCUUACCUACCUGGAAAAAUACCGGCCUAAGCAGAGACUGCGGUUCAAGGACCCACACGCGCACAAGACCAAGUGCUGUGUCAUGUAGCUCAGGACCUCGGCGCCCUGGCCUCGGGCUCAGCGGGGCUCCAUCUCCCUCCUCUCCAGACGCCUUGGCACACCCGCCACCAACGAUCCGGCCCGCCCCACGCCCCCUUUGCUGUCUCCUGUCACCGUCCCCCUGCGUC